AUGCUUCCCCCCUUUGAGAUCCGUGGCCUGCGUUGGCCGGCCGAAGAUCCUGAGAGUGGUGAACCGAAGGGCUAUCUUCGUGAUGCGUGGCCAGAGAUAAGACUUGAGACUCACGAAGAGUAUGACAAUCUUAUUCGCCAACAUCCCGAGACUGUUUUGAGUUAUUUGGACGAGGAUGAUGGCGAUGUCAUCACCGUGAGCCAAACCCCCCCCCCCCCCUUCCUCCUUUGUUUUACCGCGGCCUUUGGCUUCUUUGUUUGCUGUUUGGGUUGAAUGCUGACUCGUGGCUCCUUUUAGGUCGGUUCUGCCGAGGAACUCUACGCUCGCGUCGAGGACGUGUUUCCCACGCACGGCUCGGCUAUUUUUGACUUGCUCUUGGAUCGGACCCACACGGAUUACAAAGCUGCGCUCGAUAUUUGGCAGAAGCGAUACGUGGAUGUUAGCCAUGCGAAGGCGAAAGCGAAGGGGAAGGCUCUCGCGGGGUUGGGCGAGUCGGAGCCGAGCACGGCGAAGAGCGGUUUGCUGGUCGAUAUCAGCGACAAUAAUGAUGCCUCUCAUUUUAGUCACAGCGAAGCCGGCAGUGAUGCCUAUACCCCUCAAUCACCGCUCUUGACGGCAUUUAGCAAUGAACUUGAGAGGAUCAUGCAGGAGGCUGCCGGACCAGGGGAAGGCUCUUCUAUGCGCGCGCCGAGCCCUCCUCCUAGUCCGCCCGUUCCAUCAAUCCAAUCCACCAAUCGGAACGGGGAGAUGCUUGCGCAAAGCCUUCGUGAAAUAGUCCGGGACAUAGGGCGAGUUGCUCUCGAGUUUCGUAGAGAUGUUCCGUCGCAAACCAGGCCAACUAUCGGCGCUUUUAAUAAUGCGUUUUCCGCUGCGCUCGGGGCCUUCACUUCCCAGCUUCAAAGUGUGGCGCUUGAUGCGGCUAUUGCGGCCAAGAAUGCGGCUCAGGUCACGAGGGAUAUGGAUACCUCGGAGAUGGAGGCUCAUGGUCGUAGGGUGAGGGAGUUGGCAGAGACCAUUGGCCAUAUGGCAGUUCAGGGAGCUGGUGUUGCUAGGGAAGAGGUCGGAAAGGCGCUCGGUAGCGGUUCCGUUGAGGGCUUUGGGGAUCUCGUGGAAGCUGAUGCACAGUUCUCCGCACAGGCCUCGGAGCAGUCAACAGCAAGCAGCUACAGAGCCACCGUGGAGACUGAUGAUGAGGAGGAGGAAGGCGAUGCUGCUGGGAAGAAUAAAAGGAGCGAGCAGAAAGCGAAGGCGAAGUCUGUUUGGGAGCUGUCUGACAACCUCGAGGGAACUGGAAUCAUUCCCGUGAUGGGAGAGGUGCCAUCUUCCAACGAUUCUGAUAGGAUUCCUAGCCCCGCCCCCCCGCUUUCCAUUUAUGGGGAAGCUCCUCUGGAUGAGUUGCGCGGUCGGCCGCGCUCCAGUGCCCCUCUUUUGUCUACGUUUGAGUCCCCUGCUGAAGAGCCACCUUCCUACUUCCCCCGUGCUGUAUAUCCCACGCAACCUGAGGGCGUUGACUUGUUUAAUCCUCCGGAGCCCGCCCGCUUUGGAUAUAAUCACCAAUACCCGCCUCAUCAUCCUUCUCCUCAUGCAUCCCCUUUCCCACCGCGUUUUCCUCCCGAUUACUUUGGUCAGGGAUUGCGGAUGCCAUCACCACCACCACCACCACCGCCGCCCCCACCACCACCUCCCCGUAUUCCCCACAGCCCAGCUCCUACAUCCCCGCCUUCUCCCCCGAUCCCACACUAUCAGAUUCCCCAGCACCCGCGCCAGCGCCACCCGACACGUUGGGGGUCGCCGGAGCGUGGGUGGGGCAUGGAGGAGGCAAGACCCCGUCGUUCUGGAAUGCCGCCGGGAUGGCCUUUCGGAAGAGAUGAUUCUGAUGUCUCGAUGAGAGGGUCGCUGAGGAGAGAGGAUUCUGACGUUUCCAUGAGAGAUGCUGGGCCUCACGAGGAAGAGUACACUCCCAGCUCGGAAGGUCCCAGAGAUCGGCGUGUGGGACGAGAGGACAGGAAUAGAGAUCUGAGACCCGCCCCUCGACCGAUUCGUCGCUCCAGUACUUUGAGGGAUGGCACUAGGAGAGGAGGGCAAGCUAGAGAUGGCUGGGCGAUCCCCCAACCACCAAGUCGUGCUCCUUCAUUUGGGUACCCGAGUAGAUCAAAUUCGAUCGCAUCUAUGCCCCCUGCUCCGGCCCCCCCAGGCUUCGGCAAUUUCCAUCUCAAGCCAACUUUCGAUCUCCUGUACAAUCACGUCUUUCCCGUGAUUUGGGCCAUAGAGCGUCGGUUUCCAAUUUUCGCUCCCAGGAUCUAGUUUCCCUAGUGAAUCCGUUUUUGACCCCUCCAAGACAGCCCUCCCCGUCCGAGACUGCUCUUCGAGCUUCUGAAUCGCCACCUUCCCUAGUGUCUUCUAUUCCAGGUGGAUGGCCUCGUGCCACCGUUGUGAUUCCGCCACCCCCGCCUCCUGUCCCAAUGAGCGCCUUUAGUGAAUCUCCCGCCGACUCUUCGGUCGCAUCGGCAGUUGAGCACGGUGCUGGUCCGAUUGCCCCCGCAGAGCCGGCCAGAAGACAACAGACCAGACCCAGGGAGCUUCAUGAGCACUCCUCUCCACACACAAAUCCUUUCCUUGAGCGCAGGAGAAUGCGUGAGAAUAGACUUGGCCUGGGCGCUAGAAACUGGGGGGGGCAGUCGCACAACAAAAGGACCAUCGUCCCUCCUGUCGCAGACCAGGAAGAUAACGGGAUUGACAAGUGCGUUGCUACGCUGAUUGAGAUGGGGUACGGCGAUGAUGGAGGCGAGAGCGCGGUUGAGAGAUUGAAAGUUUACGCACAGAUUGUAGAGGGGAAUGUGCAAAAUGCAGUAGAGAUGUUGGAGGAGGAGAGGGAGGCGUGGGAGAGGAGGCAGUAG